AGGGUAGUCGUCGUUUUAAGUAGUGCGCGGUCAAGAGACAUGUCGUACGUAAUUCCUUUUUCUCGCAGGAAGACCUGAUCUGAAGUGAAGGUUGUAAGAGUAGAAGACUAACCCCAAGCUGUUGAGUUGAGCUUGAGGGGUUUAGGCGUUAGGGUUUCUCUGGUUCUUACACUCGAACUUGAUUCAACCCAACCACCCUAUAAUGGAUGAGAAUCAAAUUCCAGGGGACACACCUCGGAAAUGCAUUGGUCCAUCUUCUGUUUCGGCUUACCGUGACCCUAAAUACUGGGAUGAUCGUUUUUCUAGUGAGGAAAAUUACGAGUGGCUCAAGGACUAUUCUCAAUUUCGGCACCUCGUUCAACCCCAUUUCACUCCCACUUCUUCUGUCUUGGAAGUGGGCUGUGGAAACUCACAGUUGUCUGAAGAAUUGUACAGAGACGGAAUUACCGAAAUAACUUGCAUUGAUUUAUCAGCUGUUGCUGUUGAAAAUAAGCAGAAACAGUUGCUAUCUAAGGGUUUGAAAGAAAUAAAAGUUCUGGAAGCUGACAUGCUAGACCUGCCUUUUAGCAACGAGUCUUUUGACAUUGUUAUUGAGAAAGGAACCAUGGAUGUACUGUUCGUGGACAGCGGUGACCCAUGGAAUCCAAGGCGAGCAACAGUAACUAAGGUCAUGAAGAUGCUUGAGGGUGUCCAUAAGGUUCUAAAGCCAGAUGGAAUUUUCAUCUCCAUUUCGUUUGGUCAGCCACAUUUCAGGCGUCCUUUUUUCAACGCCCCAGAAUUUACAUGGUCUUUUGAAUGGAAAACUUUUGGCGAUGGAUUUCAUUAUUUUGUCUACAUUUUGAAAAAGGGAAAGAGAUCGUUGGACAAUCAAGAAACUAGUGAAAAGUUCAACGCACCGACUAUAUCUCCAUACCAAGAUGAAUUAGAAAGUGAAGAUUUCAUGUUCCGAACUAACGUUGAAGAACUCAAUAGUUAGAACUCAUUGAACAGUGCCUUUUUCACAUUAUGGUUAAUUGUUUUCAUAAUUAAUGUAGAUACAUUUAAUUGAAGGUUGAAAUAAAGUUUAUUUAUUUUUUA